AUGGCGCUGGCUCAUGGAAGAACAGUUCGUGUGUGGCUGAAGAGAGACAGUGGGCAGUACUGGCCAAGCAUAUACCAUGCAAUGCCAUCUCCAUGUUCAUGCAUGUCUUUUAACCCGGAAACCAGAAGGCUGUCCAUAGGUCUAGACAAUGGUACAAUCUCAGAAUUCAUUUUAUCAGAAGAUUACAACAAGAUGACACUAGUGAAAAGUUACCAGGCUCAUCAAAGCAGGGUCAUGAUGAUCCUGUUUGUCCUGGAGAUGGAGUGGGUGUUGAGCACCGGACAAGACAAGCACUUCACGUGGCACUGCUCGGAGAGCGGCCAGCGGCUUGGAGGGUACCGCACCAACGCAGGGGCCUGUGGCCUGCAAUUUGAUGUGGAAACUCGGCAUGUGUUUGUUGGUGAUCACUCUGGACAAGUGACCAUACUCAAACUAGAGCAAGAGUCCUGCAGCCUCGUAACAACAUUUAAGGGACACACAGGUGGUGUCACUGCUCUCUGUUGGGACCCAGUGCAGCGAGUUUUAUUCUCGGGCAGUUCAGACCAUUCCAUUAUAAUGUGGGAUAUUGGAGGAAGAAAAGGAACAGCGAUCGAGCUGCAAGGACAUAAUGAUAAAGUGCAAUCUCUCUCUUAUGCUCACCACACUCGACAGCUCAUCUCUUGCGGUGCAGACGGUGGCAUCGUUGUCUGGAACAUGGAUGUUGAGAGACAGGAGACACCCGAAUGGUUGGACAGUGACUCCUGUCAAAAAUGUGACCAGCCUUUCUUCUGGAACUUCAAACAGAUGUGGGACAGUAAGAAAAUAGGCCUCAGGCAGCAUCACUGCCGGAAGUGUGGGAAAGCCGUGUGUGGUAAAUGCAGCUCCAAGCGCUCCUCCAUCCCGCUGAUGGGAUUUGAGUUUGAAGUGAGGGUCUGCGAUAGCUGUCACGAGUCCAUAACAGACGAAGAGCGGGCACCCACAGCUACUUUCCAUGACAGUAAGCACAACAUAGUUCACGUACACUUUGAUGCCACAAGGGGAUGGCUGUUGACCUCGGGGACAGACAAGGUUAUUAAGUUGUGGGAUAUGACACCAGUAGUGUCUUGAUGAUACAUCAGUGGAACUUGAAAGGUGGUAUUUACAGAAGAAACAGAUUUCCUAACCUUAAUCAUACUGCAGAAGAUAGAUAACGCUGGGCACCUAUGGCAGAUGAGGAAGAAACUAAUGUGUUUACGACGAUUUUAUGUCCUCUGCUUGAUCAAGGCUGAACAUUUGCACGAAGACUCUUUCCACUUAUUCUCAAAAUAUACAAGAAGGUAUUUUUUUAAACUAAUGGUUUGUACGAUCUGACUGUGCUUGGUUGUCUUGAGUUUGUUUGGAAAAUCUGUGUGCAGUGCAAUUUUUAGUUUUUAUAUUUCAUUAUGUCAGAAUACUUGCUGCUUUGUACAGAAGGUUCUUGGGUUGUGUCUUGCCAUGUAAGUUUUCAAUAUCAGCAUACUGUAUAAGGCAAUUAGAUCUCCCCCCAGUGAA